UGGCAGCUGAGGACGAAGACUUACAACAGCAGCAGCCUGCAGCCAACAACAGGUGCUUCGGGGGGACACGGUGGUUGCGUCAGCGUGUCGCCAUGAGUGCGGACGAGGAUGCACGCUGGCUGGACUGGGUGACCAAACAGUUUGAGAGCAUCGCAGGAGACGACAAGGAAAUCGACUUGGAAGAGUUCAAGACCGCCCUCAAGGUCAAAGAGUCUUUCUUUGCCGAGCGUUUCUUUGCGCUCUUCGACUCCGAUGGGAGCAGCUCCAUCAGCUUGGACGAGCUCCUGGAGGCUCUGGAACUGCUCAUACAUGGCAGCGAGACAGACAAGCUCAAGUUCCUCUUCCAGGUCUACGAUGUGGAGGUGAAAAAUGCAUCUGCAGGUACACACAUACUGUACGAUAACAAAACUGAGAAGUUGGGGUGUUACACAGGAAGCGGUUCAAUCGAUCCGGACGAGCUGCGCACAGUUCUGAAGUCGUGCCUGCGUGAGAGCGCCAUCUCUCUGCCAGAGGAGAAACUAGACGACUUGACAUUGGCGCUCUUUGAGUCUGCCGACAAAGACAACAGUGGCGCCAUCACCUUCGAGGAGCUCAAGGCUGAGCUGGAGAACUUUCCGGAAGUGAUGGAGAACCUAACCAUCAGUGCUGCCAACUGGCUCAAGCCUCCAGAUGUGGAUCAGAAGAAGCGUCAGACUCCUCGCUACUUGACGCGAGCCUACUGGCACAACAACAGUCGCAAGCUCUUCUUCCUGUGCGGCUACACCUGUCUCAGCCUCAUGCUUUUCGUCGGUGCCGUUCUGCAGCAUCGCCACGGCAGCGCCUGCUACAUGCUGGCUAAAGGUUGCGGACAGUGUCUCAACUUCAACUGCACCUUUGUCAUGGUCCUGAUGCUGCGUCGCUGUCUCACAUGGUUGAGGGCCACGUGGGUGGUGAAGGUCUUUCCUCUAGACCAGAACAUCCUGUUACAUCAGAUUGUGGGCUGCGCCAUCCUCGGCUACACCCUCGUACACACAACUGCACAUGUUUUCAACUUUGCCCAGCUGUCGGAGCACAGCGGCUUUAGUCUUUGGGAAUACAUUCUCACCACACGGCCUGGGAUCGGCUGGGUCAAGGGUACGGCCUCGCUUACCGGGGUGGUUCUUCAGGUGGUGAUCUGCCUCAUGGUGCUGUGCUCCAGCACCUUCGUACGACGCAGCGGCCAUUUUGAAGUGUUCUACUGGUCACACCUGUCCUACGUGUGGGUGUGGUCACUGCUUAUGAUCCACUGCGCCAACUUCUGGAAGUGGUUUGUUGUUCCGGGACUGGUAUUUCUGCUGGAGAAGAUAAUUGGAAUUGCUGUGUCCCGCAUGGGAGGUCUGUACAUAGUGGAAGUCAACCUGCUGCCGUCUAAGGUGACUCAUCUCGUCAUCAAGCGUCCACAGUUUUUCCAAUUCAAGCCGGGAGAUUACGUCUACAUCAACAUUCCGGUCAUCGCCAAGUACGAGUGGCACCCGUUCACCAUCAGCAGCGCUCCGGAACAAUCGGAUAGUCUGUGGCUGCACAUCCGUUCGAUGGGCCAGUGGACCAACCGCCUGUACGAGUACUUCAGGCAGCCUCAGAGUCCAGUGCCAAGUCCAAGGAGGCUGGCAGCAAGUUUGCGCAGCAGACCACUGAUGAAAACUCCAGAUGAUUUGUUCAGCUCGUCGCAUUUUAAUGCCACCGUGGCGUCCAAUGAGGACACCACCGUCGAGCUCACUAUGUAUCGUCAGAAUGGCUCCCCGACCGGCGUGGCCCCUGCAACCUUGUCGCAAGAUCCUCUUCCUUCCGAUGAGCUCGGGCCCGCAGAAAGAGGCGAGGCCCCACCCCUAAAAGAGGUUUCUGCAACGUUUGGAGAGAAUCAUCGCUUCUGCAAUAUCAAGUGUUACGUUGACGGACCCUAUGGGACCCCCACCAGGCAGAUCUUUGCGUCAGAGCACGCUGUUCUGAUCGGAGCAGGCAUUGGCAUCACACCCUUCGCCUCCAUCCUGCAAAGCAUCAUGUACAGGUACCGGCGCAGGAAGCAGAACUGUCCGAACUGCAACUACUCAUGGUGCGAGAACAUCAAGGACAGCGAAAUGGAUCUUCGCAAAGUGGACUUCAUCUGGAUCAACCGGGACCAGAAGUCCUUCGAGUGGUUCGUCAGCCUCCUGACCAAACUGGAGAUGGACCAAGCCGACGAAGAGCCCGAGGGGCGCUUCCUGGAGAUGCACAUGUACAUGACGUCCGCCUUGUGUAAGAACGACAUGAAAGCCAUCGGCCUACAGAUGGCGCUGGACCUGCUGGCCAAGAAAGAGAAGCGUGACUCCAUUACCGGCCUGAGGACCAGAACUCAACCUGGACGACCCGAGUGGGGGAAGGUGUUCCAGAAGAUUUCAGAAGAGAAGAAAGGCAAAGUACACGUGUUCUAUUGCGGUUCUCCUGCAUUGGCUAAAGUCAUCAAAGCUCAGUGUGAAAACUUUGGCUUCAACUUCUAUAAGGAAAACUUCUGAAGACUUGUAGGAGUGCCACUUGAUUUGUCUAAGCAAAGUGGACUGGAGGUCAAACGACCAGCUUGUCAGUGCCUUGCUCAGGGGACACCAAUGGAUCUUUUCACACUGAAUGAACUACUGCCAACUCGACUUUCUGUUUUUUGUCAGUGCCAUCGCUAGCAUUUAGCCAUUAGUUAGCUAGCUUUAAUUAGCCUGCUUUAUUAGAUACACUCCAUUUUAGCUACUUACACAGCUAGUUUACAUUAUGUACAAUUAAUUUAUCUAAACUACGUUACUUGAACUUGGCUAGUUUUAGCUACAUCCGAUUAGCCUAUUUAGGCUACAUACAGCUAGCGUAGUUUGUCCUAUAAAAUGUUUUGGACAAAGAAAUGUUCCCUCCCACCCCAUUUUCUCUCUCUUGUUAUCACGUUUAACAAAAAUCCAUAUAAUUGUAUAAUGUCACUGACUUUGAUGAUGUACGAGCAAGUGAAGUGGUUUAGUUGGACCUCCGCAGACAAAUGUAGUUAUCUGCUAUCUUUGUGUCUUUGCUGCAAUAAUAAAAUAUUUCAA